AUGCAAACCAUAAAGUGUGUUGUCGUCGGUGAUGGUGCCGUUGGUAAGACCUGUUUAUUAAUUUCAUACACAACUAGUAAGUUUCCAGCCGAUUACGUGCCAACAGUUUUUGAUAACUAUGCGGUGACCGUGAUGAUUGGGGACGAGCCAUUUACGUUAGGGUUGUUUGAUACUGCGGGACAAGAAGAUUACGAUAGAUUGAGACCUUUAUCUUAUCCAUCCACAGAUGUGUUUUUAGUUUGUUUCUCGGUUAUAUCCCCUGCGUCAUUUGAAAAUGUGAAAGAAAAAUGGUUCCCAGAAGUGCAUCAUCAUUGCCCAGGGGUACCAUGUUUGAUUGUUGGAACACAGACAGAUUUGAGAAACGACGAUGUUAUCUUGCAAAGGUUACAGAGACAAAAGUUGACGCCAAUUUCGAAUGAUAUGGGUGAAAAAUUGGCCAAGGAGUUGAGAGCUGUCAAAUACGUCGAAUGUUCAGCUUUAACGCAAAGAGGAUUGAAGACGGUUUUCGACGAAGCCAUAGUUGCGGCCUUGGAACCUCCUGUUAUCAAGAAGUCCAAGAAAUGCACCAUCUUGUAG